AUGCAAAGAUUGCUUCAGCGCCUCCCAUAUUCUUCUCUGCGACUCGUACAAACGACGAAGACGCUUUUCAGACCGUGUCCCAACACUCUCAAAUUUUCCUCAGAUAACAAUGCGCGCUUCAUAACGUCUCCUUCGCACCCUGCCGCUGGUGUGUUGGUAGAAACAACCACCAACACAAAGGGCUCGACGCCGGAGGGUAGAUGGAAAGAACGGGCAAAAGACGCGCUCCAUGCUUUAAACAGUCCUCCUCAUGACGAAUAUACAGGUCGAAGUGUUCCUGCAACUGGCAAAAAUCUUUCCGCGACCUUCAGAAGGUUAGACCAAAUCUUGAUACGCAACAAUGUCCGACAAGAACUACGAAUGGGUGAGAGACAUGAGAAAAAGGGUGUCAAGCGCCGGAGGUUGAAGAGCCAGAGGUGGCAUAAUUGGUUUGCCAACGAGGUGCGACAAAAGGUUCAGCUGGUAAAUAAAAUCCGGAAGCGUGGGGCAUAG